CCGCCCUGAGUACUGGAACUAUGCCGCGGGGCCGGCCUCGCAAACUGAGAGUUAAAAGCAACGACGAAACAGAUGCAGAUCCCAGUGGCGCUAAGGCGGAUCAUUUUGGGGAAGAUGGAGAGCUCAAGAACAAGAAGUGUACAAUUUGCGCCCAGAUUUUUACCACGGAGAGCCAACUUCAGAAGCAUCUCCGCGAACAUGAAAUCAAUGAUAAGCCUCAUCGAUGUGACCAGUGCCCGCAGACAUUCAACGUGGAGUUCAACCUCACACUGCACAGGUCCACGCACACAACCUCUGACUUCACAUGCCCCGUUUGCACUAAAAGAUUCUCACGCAUCGCCAGCCUCAAGUCUCAUAUCAUGCUGCACGAGAAGGAGGAGAAUUUGAUCUGUGUGGAGUGCGGAGAUGAGUUCAUUCUUCAGAGCCAGCUGACCUUGCACUUGGAGGAGCACCGCAAAGAGCUGUCGGGCGUCAAGGUCUACACCUGCAAGAGCUGUGACAAAGAAUUCAAAACAUCCGCACACCUCAAGGAGCACAUGAAGAGCCACGUCAAGAUGAGGCCACUCAGCUGUAGUUCCAGAAACUACAAGAAGAACAUCGACCGCAGCGCCUUCCAGAACAGCUGCCAUCACUGCGGAAAAGCGUUCAAAAAACCCAGUCAGCUGGUUAGGCACGUACGAAUACACACAGGUGAGUGA